AUGACCUCCGUCGACCGCCUACGCUUCACGUUCUCUCGCCUCGGAGUUCGACGCACUCCGGCAGUGAUCGACCACCUUGCCUUUCCCCACCUGGUCGAUCUUAUCUUCUACUAUGCCCCGCUCAGCUCGCUCGUGCUGAUGGGUCAGACUUGCCGCGAGUGGCGGAAGAGGGUCAAGGCCGAACUCUAUCAUCUCCGUGAUUUCUCGGCGAAGCGCAAGCCGCCCUGGUGGAACAACAAGCUGAGCGGGUCGACCAGCGUCAUUCACCACUACCAGUUCACGACGGUGCGAGGCGUGUCCUUGCAGGUAACGGAUACAGGAUACAUACGACGCUGUCGAGUUCUCGACCUAGGCUCCCGGCCCAUCAUUGUUCGGCCGGAACGGGUUCUCCGCGUCGACACUCUGCGAAUCUCCCAGACCCCUCUCAUCUCCAUCAACCACAUGGGGCGGCUGGGACCGUUCUCGUGUUCACGAUUGGUACUUGACAAUCACUUCGCUCUGAACACUAGGCGUGAGGUGCGCAAGCUCGUCGUCAACCACCGCGAUGGCAAUUUCCGCGCCCGCGAGCCUCGCUUGGGUCCGGAGUGCUCCAACUCCUCCUUCAAAGUACAUGAGUUCGUGUUCAUCGUGCACCCCACUGCAGACACCAAGACCAGAGGAAUGGCACAGUACGAAGCCGCUGGCCUGUUCCACAAGCUGAGUGCGAGCGCGCGAACUGCAGGGGGUGCCUACCGUGGACCGCGGAAAGUGAUCUUCACCUUUGUCUCCAACACGCCACCUUCGACCAUGGUGUCCGGCAAGAACAUUCUUCAUCGGACGCUCAAGAUGUACCGGGCCGAAAUUGGCGAGGAGGAGUUCAAGAUCGAGACCAACUUCGACGGACCUCUGUCCCCUUGA